AACCAUAAUGCCAGACCCAGACAACUACCUGGAUGUUCAGUCUGGUGUUAAACGUUAUCGAGUUCAGUUCGGGUUCACAUUAGACUGUCUCGGCUUGGACCUAAUAGGAAAAUUUCAAAAUUCUAUUUAAACAAGUGCAGUUGAAAGGGAAAUUUGAAGUGACCUCAAAAAACAAGGGCUGAGGAAAAUGUCAAGCGCAAGUCUGCUUUCGCGUUCGUUGCUAACUGAAGCCCCCCGCUCGAAGAAUAGAUCAGUGUUUACUUUGAUAGUUGGUUUGGUGGCGGGCUACUGCUUGGCACAGUUGUUUUCGACCCUAUCCCCUCAAGAGAGCCUAUAUCCCUACCUUAGCCAGCGCUUGCGGCUCGCUAAUAAUCCAGCUCCGGACCCCACAGUCAACCAUGAAUCGUGGCCCUUGUCGGAUGGACCCGAGCAUCAUCCUUUCCAGCAUGAGCAUCCGGAUGACAACUCCACAGCGGCUGAGCAACUGAAGAAGGAGGUGCGGAUCCUUUGCUGGGUGAUGACCAAUCCCACCAACCACAAGAAGAAGGCGCGCCACGUGAAACGGACGUGGGGCAAGCGUUGCAACACUCUGCUCUUCAUGAGCUCGGGACAUGACAAUGAGUUGCCCACCGUGCAGCUGGAUGUGGGCGAGGGGCGGGAGAACCUGUGGGCCAAGGUCAAGGCCGCGUUCACCUAUGUCUACCAGCACCACUACAAUGAUGCCGACUGGUUCUACAAGGCGGAUGACGACACCUAUGCGGUGAUCGAGAACAUGCGGUACAUGUUGUAUCCGUACAGUCCCCAGACACCAGUGCACUUUGGCUUCAAGUUCAAGCCCUUCGUGAAACAGGGUUACAUGUCCGGCGGAGCUGGUUAUAUUCUCAGCAAGGAGGCACUUCGCCGUUUCGUCGUCGAGGGAAUCCCCAAUAAGAAGUAUUGCCUGCCCGGAACUGUGGUCAACGAGGACAUCGAAAUCGGUCGGUGCAUGGCCAAUUUAAACGUAACUGCUGGAGACUCCAGAGACGAAAUGGGACGUGGCAGGAUGUUCCCUUUUGUUCCGGAACAUCACUUGAUUCCAGCCAAGUGGGACAAGAACUUUUGGUACUGGAACUACCAAUACUACAAAACAGAUGAUGGUUUGGACUGCUGUUCAGACUUGGCCAUCUCAUUCCACUACGUGGCUCCUAAUUUGAUGUAUGUGAUGGAUUACCUCAUUUAUCACUUGAAGCCCUACGGUUUAAUGCGGUCUUUGGAAUCUCUGCCUGCAAAACUCAAAGUGGGUCAGUUGCUGCCCCCGCCAGUGGAUCGACCCGCUGCCAGUAAUGAGGAUUCUGUGGAUGAUUACGAUAGGAUUUUCACGACAACCACUGAGAAGCCAAAGGAACCCGACGCCCGGGAAAUGGACUCCAAGGAGUUGGAAAGUGAGGAGAGAAAACACCAGGAAACAGAGGAGCACUCUGAUUCAAGAGGAUCUAGAUCCAGGGAAUCACCCGAAGAUGCGGAAGAAAUAGAUGAGAGUGUAGCUGAGAAAUCCAGGGGACAUUAAUUACAAUUUUAAUUUUUAGGUAUAAGAAAAAAGAUUUAGAAAGAAACCACAAGGAACACGUUCCCUACUAUUGUGUAAUACUUUCUAUGUAUAAUGCACAUGGACUGGAAUCUAGUUGUAACAAUAAAGCUCUUAAAUGUUUUUACUUUUAA